AUGGCACAAAGCUUACGAUUGCACUUUGCAGCCAGAAGAAGCAAUACUUAUCCUUUGUCAGAGACCUCCGGAGAUGAUCUGGAUAGCAAUGUUCACAUGUGCUUCAAAAGACCAACACGGAUUUCAACGUCUAACGUUGUUCAAAUGAAGCUGACUCCUAGACAGACUGCACUAGCUCCGUUAAUACAGGAAAACGUUAAGUCUCAGGAAAGAUCAUCUGUUCCUUCACCUGAAAACAUUAAUAAAAGGAGCAGCUGUCUGCAGAUUUCACUACAGCCAACAAGGUACAGUGGAUGUCUUCAGUCUAGCAAUGUCUUAGCUGAUGGUGAUGAUGCUUCAUUUAUGUGUGUCUUGAAGGACGGUAUUUACAACAAUGCUGUGGCUGAUAAUGAACUGAAUGCUGUGAAUGAUGGUAACCAUGUAGGCAGUUCUGCCCUUCGCAGCAGUAGCCUUAGUAACUGUUCCACCAGCGAGAAUGGGUCUUACAGCAGCAAUGGUAGUGAUUAUGGAUCAUGCACAAGUAUCACAAGUGGUGGUUCCUACACAAACAGUAUCAUCAGUGACAGCAGUGGUUAUACUUUUCCACCAACUGAUGAUACUUUUCUUGGUGGAAAUUUAUCUUCCGACAGCACCUCCAACAGAAGUGUGCCAUACAGGAAUACUACUCCCUGUGAAAUUUUUUCAAGAAGUCCAAGUACCGUUCCCUUUGUCCAGGAUGACUUGGAGCACGGACUAGAAAUUAUGAAAUUGCCAGUGAGCAGGAACUCGAAAAUUCCACUAAAACGUUGUUCAUCCUUAGUCAUUUUUCCUAGGAGUCCUUCAAAUACCCCACCAACUUCUCCAACAAGUACAGAUAUUCUUCCGAGCAAAGGAUCCUAUCAAACCUCACACCAGUUUAUAAUUUCUCCUAGUGAAUUUGCCCACAGUGAAGAUGGUCCUGGUGCUAAGGGAUUUCUUUCAACAGCUGUCAAUGGACUUCGGUUAUCUAAAACAAUCUGUACUCCCGGAGAAGUAAGAGACAUACGACCACUUCACAGGAAGGGCUCAUUACAAAAGAAAAUUGUUAUUGCAAAUAACAGUCCGAAUCAGACUAUCUGUGAAAAGUCAUCUGAAGGAUAUUCUUGUGUGUCAGUGCAUUUCACCCAACAAAAAGCACCUACGUUAGAUUGUGAAACAGCAAAUGGUGAUUGUAAACCAGAGAUGUCAGAAAUUAAGCUUAAUUCUGAUUCAGAGUGCAGUAAGCUUAUGCAUAGGACAUCUGCACGUUUACCAUCCUCCCAAAAUGUAGAUUACCAAAUAAAUAUCAAUGGACAGUUGGAAAGACCAAAUUUACAGAUCAACAAAAAUCAUGCUGUUUUACAAAGAAGUAUUUCAUUGGGAGGAACUUAUCCAAAUGUUUCCUGUUUAUCCAGCCUUAAGCACAAUUGUUCUACGGGGGGACCAUCGCAAUUACUCAUAAAGUUUGCAUCUGGAAAUGAAGAUAAAGUUGAUAAUUUAUCAAGAGACAGUAACAGAGAUUUCACAAAUAAACUAUCUAAUUCUUUAAAGCAUUCUUGUAAGACAAGAGAUGAUUUCCUAGGUCAAGUGGAUGUUCCUCUUUAUCCAUUACCGACAGAAAAUCCAAGAAUGGAGAGACCAUAUACGUUUAAGGAUUUUGUUCUUCACCCAAGAAGUCACAAAUCAAGAGUUAAAGGUUAUCUGAGAUUAAAAAUGACUUAUUUACCUAAAACCAGUGGCUCAGAAGAAGAUAAUACAGAACAGACUGAAGAAUUAGAGCCUGGCUGGGUUGUUUUGGACCAACCGGAUGCUGCUUGCCAUUUGCAGCAACAACAAGAACCUUCUCCUCUACCUCCAGGAUGGGAAGAGAGGCAGGAUAUUCUUGGAAGGACCUACUACGUAAACCAUGAAUCUAGAAGAACACAGUGGAAAAGACCAACCCCUCAGGACAGCCUAACGGAUGCUGAGAAUGGUAAUAUUCAACUGCAAGCACAACGUGCAUUUACCACAAGGCGGCAAAUAUCUGAGGAGACAGAAAGUGUUGAUAAUCGAGAGUCUUCCGAGAACUGGGAAAUUAUAAGAGAAGAUGAAGCCACCAUGGAUAGCAAUAGGGCCUUCCCAUCACCUCCGGCAUCAAAUAACUUGGAUGUUCAAACUCAUCUUGCAGAAGAAUUGAAUGCCAGACUCACUAUGUGUAGAAAUUCAGCCACCGGACAGCCAGUAUCCAGCUCAAAUCAUUCCAGCAGAAGAGGCAGCUUACAAGCCUAUACUUUUGAGGAGCAGCCUACACUUCCUGUGCUUUUGCCUACUUCAUCUGGAUUACCACCAGGUUGGGAAGAAAAACAAGAUGAAAGAGGAAGAUCAUAUUACGUAGAUCACAAUUCCAGAACUACUACCUGGACAAAGCCCACUGCACAGGCCGCCGUGGAGACAGGUCAGCUGCAGCCCGGCCAGGGUGCCACACGCCCUCAACCACAGGUCCUCCCGAGUGAUUCAGCACAGCAGGUGACCCAGCCAGCUGAAAUGGAGCAAGGAUUCCUUCCUAAAGGCUGGGAAGUCCGGCAUGCACCAAAUGGGAGGCCUUUCUUUAUCGACCACAACACGAAAACCACUACCUGGGAAGAUCCAAGACUGAAAAUUCCAGCUCAUCUGAGAGGAAAGACAUCACUUGAUUCUUCCAAUGAUCUGGGGCCUUUACCUCCAGGAUGGGAAGAAAGAACUCAUACAGAUGGAAGAAUCUUCUAUAUAAAUCACAAUAUAAAAAGAACACAAUGGGAAGAUCCCCGGUUGCAGAAUGUAGCAAUAACUGGACCAGCAGUGCCCUACUCCAGGGAUUACAAAAGAAAGUAUGAGUUCUUCCGAAGAAAGUUGAAGAAGCAGAAUGACAUUCCAAACAAAUUUGAAAUGAAACUUCGCCGUGCAACUGUCCUUGAGGACUCUUACCGGAGAAUUAUGGGUGUCAAGAGAGCAGAUUUUCUCAAGGCUAGACUGUGGAUUGAGUUCGAUGGUGAAAAGGGAUUAGAUUAUGGAGGAGUGGCCAGAGAAUGGUUCUUCUUGAUCUCAAAGGAAAUGUUUAACCCUUAUUAUGGGUUGUUUGAAUAUUCUGCUACGGAUAAUUAUACCCUGCAGAUAAAUCCAAACUCUGGAUUGUGUAAUGAGGAUCACCUCUCUUACUUCAAGUUUAUUGGCCGGGUAGCGGGAAUGGCAGUUUAUCAUGGCAAACUGUUGGAUGGUUUUUUCAUUCGCCCAUUUUACAAGAUGAUGCUACACAAACCAAUAACACUUCAUGAUAUGGAAUCAGUGGAUAGUGAAUAUUACAAUUCACUAAGAUGGAUUCUUGAAAAUGAUCCAACAGAACUGGACCUCAGGUUUGUCAUAGAUGAAGAACUUUUUGGACAGACACAUCAACAUGAGUUGAAAAUUGGUGGAUCAGAAAUCGUUGUCACCAACAAGAACAAAAAGGAAUAUAUUUAUCUUGUAAUACAGUGGCGAUUUGUAAACCGAAUCCAGAAGCAAAUGGCUGCUUUUAAAGAGGGAUUUUUUGAACUAAUACCACAGGAUCUCAUCAAAAUUUUCGAUGAAAACGAACUAGAGCUUCUUAUGUGUGGAUUGGGAGAUGUCGAUGUGAAUGACUGGAGAGAACACACAAAGUAUAAAAAUGGCUACAGUGUGAACCAUCAAGUGAUACAGUGGUUUUGGAAGGCUGUUCUAAUGAUGGACUCAGAGAAAAGAAUCCGAUUACUCCAGUUUGUCACUGGCACAUCUCGUGUGCCUAUGAACGGGUUUGCGGAACUAUAUGGCUCAAAUGGACCACAGUCAUUUACAGUUGAACAGUGGGGUACCCCUGAAAAGCUGCCAAGAGCCCAUACAUGCUUUAAUCGCUUGGACUUGCCACCCUAUGAAUCAUUUGAAGAAUUAUGGGAUAAACUUCAGAUGGCAAUUGAGAACACUCAGGGUUUUGAUGGUGUUGAUUAGAUUCCAAAUAACAAUCUGGAGUGUUUCACUGCCUCUUUUGUAUAAGCAAAAUCUUGACUUAUGGUUUUCCAGGGAACUACUAAACCUUGGCCAUUGUUUCUUCCCAGAGAGUGGGGAAAAAUCACAUAAAAGCAUACGAAAAAAUAGUAUGACAGCCUUACCAUUAUUUCAUUCACUCUUAAAUAAUGUGUUGCAUUUACACAGCUGUUUCUCUCUGUCUUUAGAGUUCACACUCUAGGAUAUAAGUCCUGUGUGCCUGAAAUAGUGAGUUCUGUCCUUAACAUUUACCUCUUUUACAGUAUUGGCCAGGCAGUUGUUUCUUAAACUACUGAAAUGAUAACUGUGAAAUAUUUGUGAUAAGUGUCAUGUGUGAAAAGUGUGAUGCUUUUUGAGAAGGAAAACUGAAAUUUGGAAAAGAACACUUUACAAUGGAGUAAACUGCAAUAUACUUAGUGCUGCCUGCAGCUCUUUAUUAUUUUGUAGACCUUCCUGCCGCACCUUAGCACCCAGAUUUUUGGAAAACCCUUGGGAAGUGUGUUACCUAUACUUUUAGUCAACUGACUCACUUGCAAAAAACAAAAAAUGUUUGCUUCUUUAUUUUAAAAGUAUUUGGCUUUUGUUAACAUGUAGCUUUACUAAACAAGGUGGUUUGUAAGAUAUGUGAAGCAAGUUCAAAUUUGCAGAGCGUGAAGAGUAUUAACUCCGUUGCCUUGCCUGUAUAUCCUCAUGGUUCAUCAGCAUGGUCAUCACUCCUUCGCGUUUAAGGGAAAAGAAUUCCUUCUUCGAACAUUAAAUGAAAGCUCCACAGAGCAGUAUUUCUAAGUAUGCCUUGAAGAACUAAGUUAAGUGUAUAGUACUUUUCUAGUCAUUCUUUACACUUGCACAAUUACGUAGUAAAUCUAUGUUUACAGGGUUUAUUAUGUUUACAGACUAAGCUAAUUUCUAUAGUUGCAUUUUUAUAUUUUUAGUAUUUCACUUUAGUCAAAAAACCAAAUAAUUUGUUAAAAAUAACCAAAGAAUAGUCAUGAUGCACAAUUUGUAUUAAAUUUAUUACCAUAUUUCUUAUGCUUUUUAAAAAUACUGUUUACUAUGAAAAUGAUAACGUUUUACUCUAAAUGCAAAACUCUUUAGGAAAAAUGCUACAAGUAGGAUCCUACUUUAACCAAAUAGAAGUACGUAGACAUCACGUGCAUGCAUUCAACAAAUGUGUUACUGCAUGCCUGCUGUGUGCUUGGCACUGUGCCAGGCCCUGGGGGUCAGGGCCGAGAGCUUCAAAGAUAUCUAGCUCAGUCCUCACCUCAAGGAACUUAUAGAUGUGUAAAUGAAUUUUUAAACAAUCAAAAGAGGGGUGAGAAGCAAAAGGCAAAAGGGAAAGUGUCCCAGGGCACCUGCAAAGAUAAAGUGUGCCAAGACUGUAUUUAUAUGUUUCAUACGUAUAUUAGAAAGAUUAUACAGAAAAUGCUCUUGCAGAAAGUUCAACCUAUUUCUCACUAUGGUGUCUUGGUCAUUUAGGAAUAAUUGUAAAUAUAUGUUAUGAAUCUUCUUAAAUACAUAUAUAUACUCCAAGAGUUGUAAAAGAGUGCUGCUGGCUAUUGGUUUCAGUUGGACAACACAAUAGGUACAAGUGUGACAGUAGCCAACCCACUUGCCAAAUGCCUCUAGAUCAGUGCACCCUGCGUUUUGUCUUCACCUGAGUUAACCAGCGUUCAGGCAAGACUACCAGAUAUAGUGCGAGUUUUAUCACUUAACAACUGUUUAAACUGAAGCAACUUACUUAACGUCUCUGGGCUCCUGUUCUUUCAUCCAUCAAAGGAGAACAAUCACACCCACCCUCAUUGCCAUGGAAGACUGUUGUGGGUUCCAGAGAGCUGUUUUGUAAAGUCUGAUACAAUCAGAAGAUGCUUUGUGCUUUGUGCUGACCAUCAGAUUUUGUCAAAUCAGGUGUGCACACUAGCUACACUCCCAAAGAAGAACCUCUUCAUUUAAAAAUAAAAUGUCUGCUAAUAAACAAAGAAGUAGGAACAUCUCUGAUAGUGUGUGUAUAUACGUUUAUCUGUACAUGGAUCUUACCAUCAGAAUUCAUUUUCUCCACAUCAGCAAAAUAAUAUUAAUAUGGGCCAAUGCAUUUUGAAAUGUCCUCCUUAUAGAGACCUUAAUGUGAAAACUAUUUUUGUUAAAACAGGAUUUUACCACAUGGUUGUUUAAAUAUCAUUUCUGUGAAAUAUCAUAGCAGAUAGGAGCUUGAGAAAAUACAAAGCGUGCUUUUCAUCUGACUGAUAAUUCACUUGGAUGAUCCUGUAACUCCCAUAAAGUGUUAAUGACUCCCAAGGUGUCAAUGAGACCAGACACUCCACCAGCUCCCAGCCACAGACCGUCUUCCCUUUCGUCUCCAGGUGUGGAUUGAUGGUCUGGAAGGAACUUGUAUCAAGUGACACAGCCUCUCAUCCCAGAAAGAAAAGUGUCUCAAAUGCAAUCUACAGCUGGAGAGUAAAUAGGGUCAUUUUCAUAAAGCAAGGAUGUUCUAUUUUUCUAGAAAUUAUAAGCACAUAAUGUUAGCCUAUAUUUUCUCUGUAAUCAAACUUUAACAUAGACAUAAAAUUGUAAUACAAAUGCGUUUCAUCCUAACUCAAAUUUAAAAUGGUAUUUGUUUUCAUUUUUUUAUUUAUAAUGCUGAAAUUAUUCCACAUAAUUAUCAAGUUAAACACAAUUCGUUUUGAUUAUAAGCCAUUUAGCAUUGUUUUAAAAAUUCUUCUCAUAUGGUAAAUAUAU